UGGCUCUGAUGUUAUCUCGUUCACAUUCACAACCCCAUUGACACGGUCAAUGCCUUGUUCGGAAACACCUAGCCUGAUGGAACAGAAAGAUAACACCCCUUUCAUGGGUAAUAGAGGAAAAAGAUUGUCUGUAGGCGCAGAUAGUUUGAAGUUGCCUUCUUUUGGACACGACGCCAUCGGUGGAGAUGCACUGAGCAAGCUGUUGGAGCAGAAGCUAAAGGAAUUAAGUUAUGCAGUCGAGAAUUCCCGUCAAGAUCAUCGCAAAACAGGAUCAACCUCUUUGUCAGAAUCAACAUCUCUCAGCUUGACACCUGCCCUGAGUCCUGCUUUCACUGCUCCACAGCACAAUGCAGAAGAUUGCUAUGCAGUCUUUACGGGGAAGAUGGAAAAUCCUUGCUUUCCUCAGUUCUCAUCCAUUGAUCGAUCUCCGCUUGAUUGGAAACACAAUUUACAGGCAACUGAGAAACUAGACCACAGACAACCAAGCCCUGUUUCUAUCCUGGAACCGGCCUUCUCUACUGGAAGUUGCAACUCUUCAGAGAGCACAGACAGUAGCAACAUUGACGCAGGAAGCAAGGCAUGUUCAUCAGUACAAGCUCAGGAAGUUCUCGGGUCGAGUUCCAUGAAUAAGUUCCGGUCCAUAGAAGCUGACACGGACUUGUCAGAUUCUGCCUCUUCCACGUCUUCAGCAGCAUUAGCGGAAAAGGACGCAAACAUGGCAACCAAAUCAAGAAAUCGGGAACUUCAGUACCUUCGACAGAUACUUUGCAAUCUUGAAACUGCGUUCCAUGACUUUGCAGUAGGCAAAUCCGACAAAGUUACAGACCCCCGUCUUUUCGACCAGCUGGAAAGUCACAUUGCGAGAAUUGGAAUCGAGGGUAACGAUGGAAGAAUCGCCAGGAAGCUGCUGUUCGACUGUGUGAGUGAGUGUAUUGAUGUCAGAUGCAAGCAAUACGUAGGCGGGGGCUUCAGGACAUGGACUAAAGGUUCUGCAAUGGCGAAACAAAAGGAGAGGUUAGCUGAAGAAGUGUACAGAGAGAUAUUGGGAUGGAGAGGGAUGGGAGAUUGUAUGGUGGAUGAUCUCGUGGACAAGGACAUGAGCUGUAGGUUUGGAAGCUGGCUGAACUUCGAGAAAGAUGGAUUUGCGGUCGGGGAAGAGAUCCAAAGUCAGAUAUUAGAUUCUUUGGUUGAAGAACUAAUGUUAGAUUUCUUUUAAGAUCACUUCAGCUGUUUCCGUUUGAUCUCUGUAUUCGACAUGAACUGAAUAUAUUCUUCUUUAUUUCACAAAUGGUAUCAGACUACUUUUGUAUCGA